GACUGCAUCCUCAUCACGAUGGUCCGGCUCCUCUUGAUUUUCUUCCCAGCGAUCUUUUUGGAGAUAGCGCUGCUCCCCAGCAGCCCCAGUAGGAAAAUGUUGCUGGCGGAAGCCUCGUCUCAGCGCUCUGUGGCCAGAAUGGACGGAGAUGUCAUCAUCGGAGCUCUCUUCUCAGUCCAUCACCAGCCUCCGGCGGAGAAGGUGCCCGAAAGGAAAUGUGGGGAGAUCAGGGAGCAGUAUGGUAUUCAGAGGGUGGAGGCCAUGUUCCACACGUUGGAUAAGAUUAACGCGGACCCAGUCCUCCUGCCCAACAUCACCCUGGGCAGUGAGAUCCGGGACUCCUGCUGGCACUCCUCUGUGGCCCUGGAACAGAGCAUUGAGUUCAUCAGGGACUCUCUGAUUUCCAUUCGAGACGAGAAGGACGGGCUCAACCGGUGUCUGCCCGACGGCCAGCCCCUCCCCCCCGGCAGGACUAAGAAGCCCAUUGCAGGCGUGAUCGGCCCCGGCUCCAGCUCCGUAGCCAUUCAAGUCCAGAACUUGCUCCAGUUGUUUGACAUCCCUCAGAUCGCCUAUUCUGCCACGAGCAUCGACCUGAGCGACAAAACUUUGUACAAAUACUUUCUGAGGGUUGUCCCUUCUGACACUUUGCAGGCAAGGGCGAUGCUAGACAUAGUCAAGCGUUACAACUGGACCUAUGUCUCUGCAGUCCACACGGAAGGGAAUUACGGGGAGAGCGGAAUGGACGCUUUCAAAGAGUUGGCUGCUCAGGAAGGCCUCUGCAUCGCCCACUCCGACAAAAUCUACAGCAACGCCGGGGAGAAGAGCUUCGACCGCCUGCUGCGCAAGCUCCGGGAGCGGCUUCCCAAGGCCAGGGUGGUGGUGUGCUUCUGCGAGGGCAUGACGGUGCGCGGUCUCCUGAGCGCCAUGCGGCGCCUCGGUGUGGUGGGAGAGUUCUCGCUCAUUGGCAGUGAUGGAUGGGCAGAUAGAGAUGAAGUCAUUGAAGGUUAUGAAGUGGAAGCCAAUGGGGGAAUCACAAUAAAGCUGCAGUCACCAGAGGUCAGGUCAUUUGAUGAUUAUUUCCUGAAGCUAAGGCUGGACACAAAUACGAGGAAUCCAUGGUUCCCUGAGUUUUGGCAACACCGGUUCCAGUGCCGCCUACCAGGACAUCUUCUGGAAAACCCCAACUUUAAAAGAAUUUGCACAGGCAAUGAAAGCUUGGAAGAAAACUACGUCCAGGACAGUAAGAUGGGGUUUGUCAUUAAUGCCAUCUAUGCGAUGGCACACGGCCUGCAGAACAUGCACCAUGCCCUCUGCCCUGGCCAUGUGGGCCUCUGUGACGCCAUGAAGCCCAUCGACGGCAGAAAGCUCCUAGACUUCCUCAUCAAGUCUUCCUUCAUUGGUGUGUCUGGAGAGGAGGUGUGGUUUGAUGAGAAAGGGGAUGCUCCUGGAAGGUAUGACAUCAUGAAUCUGCAGUACACGGAAGCUAAUCGCUAUGACUAUGUGCAUGUUGGAACCUGGCACGAAGGCGUGCUGAACAUUGACGAUUACAAAAUACAGAUGAACAAGAGUGGGGUAGUGCGGUCUGUGUGCAGCGAGCCUUGCUUGAAAGGGCAGAUUAAGGUCAUACGGAAAGGAGAAGUAAGCUGCUGCUGGAUUUGCACUGCCUGCAAAGAGAAUGAAUAUGUGCAGGACGAGUUCACCUGUAAAGCCUGCGACCUGGGCUGGUGGCCCAAUCCAGACCUGACAGGCUGUGAGCCCAUUCCCGUGCGCUAUCUUGAAUGGAGCAACAUAGAAUCUAUUAUCGCCAUUGCCUUUUCCUGCCUGGGCAUCCUUGUCACCCUGUUUGUCACACUCAUCUUUGUACUGUACCGAGACACACCUGUGGUGAAAUCCUCCAGUCGAGAACUCUGCUACAUCAUCCUAGCUGGCAUCUUCCUGGGGUACGUGUGCCCUUUCACUCUCAUCGCCAAACCCACGACCACGUCCUGCUACCUCCAGCGGCUGCUAGUCGGCCUCUCCUCUGCCAUGUGCUACUCGGCGUUAGUGACCAAGACCAAUCGCAUUGCUCGCAUCCUGGCUGGCAGCAAGAAGAAAAUCUGCACCCGGAAGCCCAGGUUCAUGAGUGCCUGGGCCCAGGUCAUCAUUGCCUCCAUUCUGAUCAGCGUGCAGCUGACCCUGGUGGUAACCUUGAUCAUCAUGGAGCCCCCCAUGCCCAUCCUGUCCUACCCGAGUAUCAAGGAAGUCUAUCUCAUCUGCAACACCAGCAACUUGGGUGUGGUGGCCCCUGUGGGCUACAACGGGCUCCUCAUUAUGAGCUGUACUUACUAUGCCUUCAAGACCCGCAACGUGCCCGCCAACUUCAACGAGGCCAAAUAUAUUGCCUUCACCAUGUAUACCACCUGCAUCAUCUGGCUCGCUUUUGUGCCCAUUUACUUUGGGAGCAACUACAAGAUCAUCACAACUUGCUUUGCAGUGAGCCUCAGUGUAACAGUGGCCCUGGGGUGCAUGUUCACUCCCAAGAUGUACAUCAUCAUCGCCAAGCCGGAGAGGAACGUCCGCAGUGCCUUCACCACCUCUGACGUCGUCCGCAUGCACGUUGGCGAUGGCAAGCUGCCCUGCCGCUCCAACACCUUCCUCAACAUUUUCCGAAGAAAGAAGCCAGGGGCAGGGAAUGCCAAUUCUAAUGGCAAGUCUGUGUCAUGGUCUGAACCAGGUGGAAGACAGGUGCCCAAGGGACAGCACAUGUGGCACCGCCUCUCUGUGCACGUGAAGACCAAUGAGACGGCCUGCAACCAAACGGCCGUCAUCAAGCCCCUCACUAAAAGUUACCAAGGCUCCGGCAAGAGCCUGACCUUUUCAGAUACCAGCACCAAGACCCUUUACAACGUGGAGGAGGAGGAGGACGCCCAGCCGGUUGGCUUCAGCCCUCCCAGCAGCCCUUCCAUGGCGGUGCACCGACGCGUGCCGCCCCUGCACCUGACCACAGAGGAGACGCCCCUCUUCCUGGCCGACCCGGUCGUCCCCAAGGGCUUGCCCCCUCCCCUGCAGCAGUCCCCCCAGCAGCAGCCGCCCCAACAGAAAUUCCUGACGGACCAGCUUCAGGGAGUGGGGGGCAGCUUCGGCGGCGCGGGGAUCCCGGACUUGCACGCGGUGCUGGCCGGACCCGAGGCGCAGGGGAACGGGCUGCGACUGUUCCCGCCCCCGCCCCCCCCGCAGCACCUGCAGAUGCUGCCCCUGCAGCUAAGCACCUUCGGGGAGGACCCAGCCUCCCCCCCAGCGGACGACGACCACAGCGAGAAUUUCAAGCUGCUGCAGGAGUACGUGUACGAGCACGCGCGGGAAGGGGACACGGAGGAGGACGAGCUGGAAGAGGAGGAGGACCCGCAGGCGGCCAGCAGGCUGACCCCGGAGGACUCUCCGGCCCUGACGCCCCCGUCACCUUUCCGAGACUCCGUGGCCUCCGGCAGCUCGGUGCCCAGCUCGCCCGUGUCGGAGUCGGUGCUGUGCACCCCUCCCAGCGGGACCUACGCCUCUGUCAUCCUGAGGGACUACAAGCAGAGCUCGUCCACCCUGUAAGGAGGAGGGGCCCUCCCGGGGAAGCAAGAUAAGCCAGACAGCUCACCCCUCCCAGAUUGCAGAAAGCCGGGAGGAGAAGUUGGGAGAGGAGGGAGGAGCAGGGCGGGAGAGUGGGAGCGAGCUGCUGCUGCCUUAGGGAAGGAAAGAGGGAAGAUCCCAAGCAGUGAUCCAGGCCAGGAUGCUGAUUCUUGAAUUAUUCAAAAGCCUUCUCUAGAAGGAAAGGGAAUUCUGACAAAGCACAAUUCCAUAUGGUAUGUAACUUUUAGCGCAAAAAUAAAUACAUAAAUAAAUAAAAUCAACAAAAAUAAUCUCUUUUGCACAAUCGUGCAUCCAUAUAUCCACCUGCUCACACUUGGCCAUGCUUGGAAAGGGGUAGCGCCCGUGGACGUGCCCACUGGUCAUCAGUUUAUAACCCCGCGUUCCUGGGGAGGUCCUGGAGCCUGGCAGGACGGCAGUGGGGGAACCGACUGCCAGGGCCCAGCAGCUGUUUCUGGGAAGCCCUUCUCCCUGCUGGGCCUGCGCGUUCCUAACGUCCCAUCCCGGAGACUCAGGAACCGACCCUAAGGGGCCGUUCCUCAUCCUCUGCUGUCAUCCGGUGCCAGCCUUGCUAUUGCACCCGAGGCUCCGGGAUUUCCCUCUCUGGGAAAAGAGGAGUAAGCAAAAUCUCACGAAGGAGCGCUACAUCGGGAGUGCUAUGGGAAGAAUGGAAGAGAAGUAGGACUAUACCCAAGCACGGGCUUUGGGAAAAUGCAGUCUGCACAAUCACUGACUGACACUUGAUGUUGCUUCUUGGUGAUUUGGGGAAAAGUCAAGAACAGCAGAUUGUUUUGAUGGUGACAGAAACGUUUGUGGAUUCAUCUGUGCUUGGGCCAAUGGACUCGCUCUUGCCCUUCAAUUAAACAGAACAAACCCUGUGGCCGAAGUGUUACCUCCCCUUUACUGUAGCAAAUAAAGCCAACCAGUUGGACUCUUAAGAUUCAGCAUAUGUACAAUGUGGUGCCAUUCUUUCUCCUAUUACUACAGAAUCAAAUCCAUUUUGACCUAAGGUGUACUCAUAGCAACUAUUACUGGUUUAAAUGACAAGUAACUCCCACUGUCAUUGGAGUCGCUGUAACUAGUGCAUAAAUGUGUUCCAGUGUCCUUGUAUCCAUGUGACUUUAAAACUCUUGCAGUGUAACAUCAACCUACUGCAUCUGGAAGAUUGUCCUUUGGCUAUAGUAUAGAUAUUUUUAUGUUCCAAUGUUUUAUAUAUUAUUGCCACCCAUAUAUGCAGAAGUUCUGUGAAGGUUUGAGUACUAUGACCCAAUGUUUUUCAAAUGCAGCUCAGAUGAUGACUUUUCCUUUAAGAGGGGAUGCAUUUUUCAGAUAUUUUAUGAUGAUGUGGGGAAUGUUAUUAACGAAGCAGCUUGAAGAUCUGUUGUAUAACAGGUCACAAAAUCUGUGGGUGACAAAAGGUACAUUUCAUAAACUUGCACACAUCAUUGUUAAAACAUAAGGCUGAAAAGACAGUAUUUAGAUUAUUCAGGUUAUUUUAGUUUUUUAAAAGAUUUCCCAUAGCUAAUUGAACUUUAUCUUCCUUUAAUAUACAAUGUCCAAGUCUAGUCAUUAUUUCUCAAGUAUUACUCAUUGAUCACAUUUUUGCCUUCUUUUAAUUUUUAUUUUCAUAUAUAUAUUUUUGCUAUCAUAACUUUUCUUUAUGAUUCUUUCAUUUGCUGCUGUG